AUGCGCCACUCAGUGUUUUUCUCGGCUGUUAUCGUCUCCACAAGUGUUAAUUCUGUCGGACUCUUUGCCAGCCUGUUUAUUGCGGUGGUCAGUUACAAGACUGGGAUGCAAAACCAUAGACUCUCCAGUUUCGACAGGCUCCUGGUUAGCCUGGGCAUCAACCGCUUCCUGUUGCUGGGAUUGUUUCUUCUGUAUAUGAUAUACACAUUUGUCUUUGCAAAUGUUGAAAAGUCAGGGCAUGUAUUUACCGUCUUAACACCGUGUUUCAUAUUUUUGGACUCUAACAGCCUGUGGUCUGUAACCUUGCUCAACACCUUGUACUGUGUGAAGAUUACUAAUUACCAGCACUCAGCGUUUCUGCUGCUGAAGCGCAACCUCCCUGCCAAGGUUCCCCGGCUGCUGCUGGUCUGUGUGCUGCUUUCUGCCUUCUCCACUCUCCUGUAUCUUGUGCUCCUACAGACAUCACCCCUUCCUACGUAAGUGACUGGGAGGAAUGGCACCGAGUUUCACAUCAGUGUGGACACUGUAUCUUUGGUGACCUCUUUGGUGUGGAGUUCGUUUCUGCAGUUCCUCAUCAACGUGACAUCUGCGUCCCUGUUAAUCAGCUCCUUGAGGAGACAUGUGCAGACGCUGCAGAGAAGCACUACUAUUCUUUGGAAUCCCCAGAUUGAAGCUCAUGUGGGCGCUAUGAAGCUGAUGAUCUUCUUCCUGGUCCUGUACAUUCCCUACUUCCUGAGUACCCUGUUGUUUUUUCUGCCUUCUCCUGUUAGCAUGGGUUUGGAGGUGGGAAUUAUUUGUGUGAUCAUUCCUGCUCUUUACCACCCAGGACAUUCUGUGCUCAUUAUUCUCACACAUCCUAAACUGAAAACUAAAGCCAAGAAGUGUCUUUGUUUCAACAGCUAG